UGUCCCCGCAGGCACAGCGGGCUGCUCUCGGCGCUGGGGCUGGCGCUGGCGGACGCGGUGCAGGAGGAGCAGGAGCCGUGCGCGCUCCCGUACGGCCCCGCCGCGUUCCCGCGGCUCGAGGCGCGCCUCCGCGAGCUGGAGCGGCGCUGCCGGGACGCGCUCGGCGCCCAGGGCUUCGCCCCGGAGCAGAUCCGCACGGAGCCGUUCCUGCACCUGCGCUACGAGGGCACCGACUGCGCCCUGAUGGUGUCGGCACAGGGACACCCGGCCCGGCCCGGCACCUGCGCGGCUGGGGACUUCCUGGCCGCCUUCACCGACAGGUACCAGCAGGAGUUUGGUUUCACCAUCCCGGGCCGGGCGGUGCUGGUGUGUCCCAUGUCCCCGAUCCGUAACCUGGGCCCGGAGCUGCGGGAGGGAGACGUGAUCCUGAGCAACCACCCCCGGGCGGGGGGCAGCCACCUGCCCGACCUGACCGUCAUCACACCCGUGUUCUGGCCAGGUGAGCCCCGGCCCGUGUUCUUCGUGGCCAGCCGCGGGCACCACGCCGACGUGGGCGGCUGCAGCCCCGGCUCGAUGCCGCCGCACUCGCAGAGCCUGGCCCAGGAGGGCGCCGCCUUCGUGUCCUUCAAACUGGUCACCAACGAGCAGAUGGGGCGCACGCUGCAGCGCACGGCCAGGACGGGGAUUGGGGUGGUCCCAGGGUGCCGUGGCCCCGCAGAGCAGAUGGGGCGCACGCUGCAGCGCACGGCCAUCUCCACCAACAUCAAGGAGCGCCUGGACUUCUCGUGCGCCCUGUUCGGGCCCGACGGGGGGCUCGUGUCCAACGCCCCCCACAUCCCCGUGCACCUGGGCGCCAUGCAGGAGGCCGUGCAGUUCCAGAUCCGUAACCUGGGCCCGGAGCUGCGGGAGGGAGACGUGAUCCUGAGCAACCACCCCCGGGCGGGGGGCAGCCACCUGCCCGACCUGACCGUCAUCACACCCGUGUUCUGGCCAGGUGAGCCCCGGCCCGUGUUCUUCGUGGCCAGCCGCGGGCACCACGCCGACGUGGGCGGCUGCAGCCCCGGCUCGAUGCCGCCGCACUCGCAGAGCCUGGCCCAGGAGGGCGCCGCCUUCGUGUCCUUCAAACUGGUCACCAACGGCGAGUUCCAGGAGCAAGCUGUCCCCGAGGCCCUGCUGGCCCCCGGGGCCGUCCCCGGCUGCUCGGGCUCGCGGAACCUGCGGGACAACCUGGCCGACCUGCGGGCACAGGUGGCAGCCAACCAGAAAGGGAUCGGGCUGGUGCGGGAGCUGAUCGGGGAGCACGGGCUGGCCACCGUGCAGGCCUACAUGGGGCACGUCCAGGCCAACGCCGAGGUGGCGGUGCGGGACACGCUGCGGGCGGUGGCCGCGCGCUGGGGGACGGCGCUGGCGGCCGAGGACACGAUGGACGACGGGACCCCGAUCCGGCUGCGGGUGGCACUGCGGCCACGGGAGGGCAGCGCCGUGUUCGAUUUCGGGGGGACGGGACCCCAAGUUCUGGGGAACUGCAACGCCCCCCGCGCCAUCACCCUGUCGGCCCUGAUCUACUGCCUGCGCUGCCUGGUGGGGCACGACAUCCCCCUCAACCAGGGCUGCCUGGCCCCCGUCCAGGUGCGGAUCCCCCCCGGCUCCAUCCUGGACCCCUCCCCCGACGCCGCCGUGGUGGGCGGGAACGUGCUGACGUCACAGCGCGUGGUGGACGUGGUGCUGCGCGCGUUCGGCGCAUGCGCCGCCUCCCAGGUGAGCGGCACGGACAGGUUUGGGGGGGGUCUCUCAGGGGUAUUUUUGGGGUUCUCAGGGAUAUUUUUGGGGUCCCUGACCCCCGUUUCCCCCCCCAGGUACCCGGUGCUGCUGCGGCGCUUCGAGCUGCGGGCGGGCUCGGGGGGCGCGGGGCGGCACCGGGGGGGGGACGGGGUGGUCCGGGAGCUGCAGUUCCGGGCCCGCAGCGAGCUCUCGGUGCUGAGCGAGCGCCGCGCCACGCGGCCCUACGGCAUGGCGGGUGAGGGACCCCCCAAAAUAUCCCCAAAAUAUCCCCAAAAUAUCCCCCAAAAUACCCCAUAACCCCUGAGCCACGCGGCCCUACGGAAUGGCUGGUGAG